UGUGCCCGGUGUCUGCCCGCCGACCCUCCCGGGUUCUGGGCACGACCAUGGCGCGGAGCCUCCGGACCUGGCUGGGCGUCUGUCUCCUGUUGGCAGCCUCUGAGAUGAUGGUGGUACCACCUCCUGAAAAGCUCCGGGUACAUUCCGUGAAUUUCAAGAAUAUUCUACUGUGGGAGACACCUACUUUUCCUGGAGGGAAUCUCACAUUCACGGUUCAGUACCUGAGCUAUCAGAAGUUAUUCCAAGACCUGUGCAAGCAUACUAAAGCGACAGAGUGUAAUUUCUCUAAUGUUUCCAAGUAUGGGCACCACACCUUGCGAGUUCGCACAGAGUUCGGGGCCGAGCACUCAGACUGGGUCAACAUCACCUUCUAUCCUCUCAGUGAGACCACCAUUGGACCUCCUGGAAUGCAAGUAGAUGCGCUGAGUAGCUCUAUGCACAUCCGUUUCUUAGCCCCCCUAAGUGAAAAGGAGCCAGAGACGUGGACAAUGAAAAACUUUUAUAGCAACUGGACAUACAACUUGCAGUACUGGAAGAACGGCUCAGAUGAGAAGUCUCUCAUCACCUGCCAGUAUGACUCAGAAGUUCUGAAGAAUCUGGAUCCCAGGUCCACUUACUGUCUGCGGGCCCGAGUGUUUCUUCCCUAUUCCAACAAAACCGGGGCAUGGAGCGAGCCCAUCUGCCAGCAGACCAAGGAGGAUGACACGAUCUCCUUCUGGGUCAUCGCCCUGGUGGUUAUCGGGGCAUCAGCGUGCAUGGUGCUCCUGCUCCUAGGCUGCUUAGUGCUGCUCUGGUGCAUUUACAAGAAGACCAAGUAUGCCUUCGCCCCUGGGAAUGUUCUGCCCCAGCAUCUGAAGGAGUUUCUGGGCUACCCUCCUCAUAGCCCUCUCGGGUUCUUCACCUUCCCACCCUCGGAUGAGAAUGAAGUUUUUGACAAACUGAGUGUGGUGACUCCCAACACGGGGCCACUGCUCCCCAAUGGACAGAGCUCCCCAGGACCAUUCUCAGAGGGCAACACCCAGGCUGAUGGAAGUGGUGACUCUCUGCUCACAGGCACCCUGGAGCUGGAUCAGACACAGAUGAGGGUCGAGACCAUCUGA